CGGAGGCACACGCCGCGUCGUUCGUAACACGACAUCGUCGCACGCACGGCCGUCCUUGUCAAUAAAUACGUUUUGUCGUGUUCGAUAACCGACCGCCGUCCCCGUUGAAUCCCGUCCUGUCGGUCGGCCUCAAGUCAGUAAUUCUCGGCAACGCGCGUGUGUGCGUUGACGUUCGUGCGGUGCCGUGUUACAGGCGUAGGAUCGGAUCAUCGCGAUUGCGCGCGCGCGUGUGCCGGAAAAACACACAAACAAUAGCCAUACGAGUAUUAACGUUUAAUAACCGCCACUCCACCGGUCCGUCCGAGUCCUUGACAUCUACGGGUCGUUUCCGGCGUGUCCGGGGCCGAUUUUUCCCGCCGUUUUCUGCUGUCGCCGUAGCGGCCGUCAUUUCGUCACCGACACUGUCCGCGUCCAUCGUAAAGUCAUGCAAGCGUCCGUCGAAGACCCCGUUGCCGUUACCACAACGGCCGCCACAUCGUCCGUCGCCCACGACAUGUAUUCGCCCAUCAACACACUGUUCGGACAGGUGAGUUGUACCAAACACGACGACCUAUGCAUUUUUUUUUUCCCGUCAAACAACAGUUGGGGAGGCAAACGGGAUAGGUAUUUAACAUUUUACUGUGCCCACCAUAUUGCUUGAUUUGAUAAAUGACAUUUAUAAAUAAAGAAAAAAAACAACCUACGUACGAUUUUUGAACGAAAACGUUUAUACCGUUCAAUAAUAUUUUUCAUUUUUAUUCUCAGCAACGCGGCGCACCACAUCACCGACACCCUUAUAAUAAACACAUAGGUUCUAGUAUUGCCGGCAGAGAGCAGUCGUUUGGUUGUUAAGCUAGUUGAGGACGUGCGCGGUUGUCCAUUGUUUUCUCCCCCGACCGUUCUGUUUUGGAUUUUGUUCAGUCUACGUACUGAAAAUAUAAUAAUAAUGAGAACCGGUGUCUAAUAAUUUCGAUUACAUUUUUCUUCAGACCUGUUUACUUUUUGUCACUGUUUCUUGCGUUUAGCAUUCGACAUCGCCCCCGAGUGCUUGUUUGUUAAAAACUGAGACAGAUUAUCGUAAACAUAUUUCCAAAAUAUCAUGAUUUUUUGGUCAUUUCGAACUCGCACAGUUAUUUAGCAAAAUAAUAAUUAUUACCUAUCAUUAUUAAUUACCGAAUACCGAUGAUAGAAAUAAUGUAGGUAAUUAUAAAUUUAAUUAUUCAAUUGCUAAUCGUAAUAAUUUGUACGUAUUCAUUUCGGUUUAUCGAAUGGGUAAAGAUAAAGAUACACAAUAUUAUAAUCCUCGUAAAAAUCGUACGGAUCGUAUUAAAGAUUUUUCAAAACUAAAAUUAAAAAAAUGAGCAAUAAUAAAAGAAGUAAUGUAGAAUAUUAUUGUUCUUAAUUUUUUCAAAUUACUGUUUUAUUAAACUUUUUAUUUGUGGAACAAUUACAUAUAGGUACUAUUAUUAUUAAUACCUAAUUAUUCGUUGAACUGGUAACUUGUCAAUUAUUGAUCGAAAGACAAUAUUGAUAAAAAAAAACUGAUAUUGCUGAUGGUUGUGCCAUUGUUAUUGGUGGGAAGUUAGAAGGUAGAACACAUAAAAUUAUUUAAUUUACAUCUGUAAGCAACGAUAAAGCAUUGCUAACGAAAUUAUUAACGAUUCUGAGUGAAGUAGGUACGCUUAAAUACAUGAUUUGAAAGCCGUAAUUAUUACGAUUUUCAUCAAAAAUUGAUCUUAAAAUUAUUAUAAAAGAAAUACUACAUUACCUUAUUACUGUUUUGUUUACCACUAAGUACAAUUUAUAAUGAACCUCCUGUUAAAUUUUUAAGCUACUCUAUUCGGUUAAACAUUUAUAUCCCUUAAGUUAUCUACCAAAUAAAAACUACAUAAAAAACUCGCAAACAUAAAAUCCCUAUAAAUAGAUCAAAAAUCACCAAAAUGGUAAAUGAAAGUUUUUUGUCAAAAAUUCAUGUCUCGACUAAUAAUUUUAACUGAAUUACAACAAAAAACCUAAGUUAAAAAUAACGAAAUUUUAUUUCUGUAAACUUUCUCAUUCCUUUUGAGUUUUGUUCAAUUAUUAAUAAAACUACACAGUAAAUCAAAAAAACGAUUUUAUUAUAAACCAACAAGAUUAAAAAUACAACAAAACACAUUCCUUGUCAUUUCUAGAUUAGAGCAAUAUUCUAGUAGUAUUAGUAUUUUAUUAUUAUAUUAUUAGUAUUUCUGGAAAAAAAUAUGAAUUGUACAAAUUUUAAAUAAUGAAAUUAUAACGCGGUAAAUAAUUAGUUUUCAUUUUUUGUCUUCUUCUGGUGUUUCCAAAUUAAAAACUACAUAGAGAAUUAAAAAAUUACUUACUUUGAGAGUAACUAGAUCCAAAAUAUAACAGACAAGCUUUCGGGUCAUUUUCCAAUCGAAACAAGAUUUCUAGUAGAAAAGUUGCUCAUAGACGCAAAAAAAGAACAUAUCAUAGUAAAACCAAAUUAUUCUUUCAGCUUCAAAUUUAAAAUAAGGUUAUUGUUUUUUAAAAUACCGAUGAGAAUGAGUAAUGUCAGACGAAAUCCGAAACAAUUGUUUUUAAUUAUCUUCGCUCAAUAUAUUUUUUUUGUUUUCAGAAGUCUGAAACUUAAAUGCAUUGCUCGAUAAUGUUGAGCCUAUAUAUUGGUUUUUUUUUUCUUUUAAAUUCUAAGUUUAGCGAGGGAUCUGUUGAUUUUAUGAUGUGUGUUUUUAUUUUAAUUUUUUGUAUCUGAGGAAUUUUUUUCCCAGAAAUCUUGCUCCGAUGUUUUAAGUGUAAUAAAGGAAAUAUUGUUUAUUUGGAACAAUAGAGAGCUUAUUUUUUGAUUUUCAAAAUAAUUAGGAAAAUAAUUAUAGAAAAAACAGCAAAUAUUUUGUAUAACGAUUUGCAUAAUGAUUACCAAACAUUUACUCACUGAUUUCCAUAAGUUAUAUUUACUCUCAGUAUUUUUGUUAGUCAGUGAACAAUUUUUUUGGUCGGUGCAUUGGGAAGAUAGAUUUUUUUAUUUUCGUUGUAGUUUCGAUUUCGCUUUAGUUCGAAUUUGUAUUUUUGUUCUCCGAUUCAGUGAACAAAUAAUCGUAGGGACCUGAAAUUUUCACUGAAUAAUUAUAUUAAUAAUAUGUCACGCAAUAAUUUACGGACAAUAUUUUGUCAGUGAUUUUUAUCAUUUGUGUUUUCAAUGAAUUUUGACACAAGUAUGAAUCAUAUAAUUUUUUAAAAAUAUAUUACAACAAUAUUGUAUUAUAUAUAUAUAAAAAAAUAAUAAUGAAAAAUAAGUUUAUACAGUUUUAAAUAAUAAUAAUUCGAAAAAAGCCAAAAUAUUUUGAAUUUUGUACCACGUCUAGAUAGGAAUCGCCGGUAAAAUAUUGCGUGACAAAAAUAUCGCAACUAAAAUAUCGUAAAAAUAUUAUCCGUAUCAGCAAUGUAGUAGCAAUAUAAUUAUAAUGUAAUAUUAUACGUAUAUACAUUUUAAUAAGGAUGGACAUGUUUCACACGUGUGUGCAGUCACAGUUUUAGGUGGGAAGUUGGGAAAAAUAUAGAGAUUAAUUUAAUUUAUAUUUGCACGUAAUAAUAAACUAUUGCUAACGAAAAAACGAUUCUGAGCGGAGUUCAGUAGAUAGGGCUGCGUUGUCAAAAAUAUGUCAUAUUAUGGUAAAAUGAUUACAAUGUGCGUUUCCAUGAUAACAAUGAUUGUUUAAAAAAUAUUAAAAUAAUGAACAAUUGAUAACAACAAAAAAUAAAUAAGAACGGUAGCCAAUGACAACCUUAUUUUUAAUCUUUCAAUUUUAUUUAACCUAACGAACCAGAUUUUCCUCAUUAUCUCGAAUGAUAAUGAUAAUUUCAAAAAAUUACGUCUCUAAAGUACCACCCAUAGUACAUUUCCUAUCAGAAGAGGUGCUAUACUUGAUAAUCAGAAUAAGCUUUCUGGUAGAAACUGUUCACAUAAAAAAAACUGAAUAAUAAUAAACAUCAUUAUAAAACCAACACCUUUCUUGCUCUUCACAGAAUCUAAAAUGUUAAAAUAAUUAUUGUUAUACAAGAUAGUAAAAAAAAACCCGUUUUUUUAGGUUUUUCUCAUUUGAUGAGAAUACUCUUGAGAAAAUCGAAAAGUGAGCUCCUUAAGGUAUCUCUUUACGCCGAUUUCCUUUCAGAAAAGAUGCUACUCGUAGAAAUCCGAGCAAAUCUUCUGGUAGAAAAGUUGCGUACAGAUAAAAAAAAAUGAAAAAUAAACAUCUUUGUAAAACCAUAAGCUUUUUGCUCUACUCAGAAUCUAAAAUAAAUUAUAAAUUGAUGUGAGUAAAUAUUAAAAGCAAUACCUUGAAGAUAAUCUUCAAACUCUCUGGAAUUGUUUUUAUUUUUUCCAAAUAUCUUUUAUUAAAUGAAAAUAACAACCCCAUUGUUUAGUAGAUGAACAACUACUAGAGUAUCGUUUUCUUAUUCUGCUCUAUGAGUCAUUUAGCUAUAAACCAAUGGCAAUAUGGAUCUUUCUUUAAUUUUCUGUGAAUUAUAAAGAACUAAUUAAAAUGUGGUGAAGCAGAUUUAAAAGUUCUAUCCGCAUACCAUUGUUAACAUUUUUUUAAUAUUUUUAAAUUUUUUUUGUACUAAAUACUAUAACAUAGAUUUUCACUUUCGGAUUUUUUUUAAUAUUAUGUAUCAAAAUAAUUAUUCAAUAUAUAUAUUUUAAUACAUUAUCUAAUAUUUUUGUAAUGCAAUAUUUUACCAGUGAUAUUUUUUCAGCAUACCGAACGAUAAUAUUGAAAUUUAUUUUUAAUAGUUACAAACUAAUACAUUCAAUUUAAUAUUUAAAAUUAAAUAGAUAAAUAUAAGUAACACAAUUUAAAUAUACGGAUUUCCGAAUCUAAACACAGAACUGCGAAGAACACGAAAUUAAUAUAGGAGCGAGACAUAUUAUUUGGAUAUGUUUUUGGUUAAUAUUCUCUAACGUACACAAUUUAGAUUUUUUUUUUUUUUUUAAACAAUAAUUAUUUAACUCUAAUCUGACGGAAAGAAUCCACCGUUUUUUUUCGUUUUACUGCUUUGAGUUUAUUAUCUAUAGGGUCAGAUGGGGUAACUGUUAAUGGUUCUUACUACGUGAUUUAUAAAUUAGUGUUUAUGACUUUUCCUAUAUUUACUGAAUUAAUAUAUUAUACUGGCCAUAGUAAUAUACAAUUUAAAGAAUUUCCAAUGGAAUUUUGGCUAAUUUUGUAUCAUAGAAUUAUACAAUUGCAAUUUACAUUCGCUCCAUAGGUUUAAAAUUAUCCUUCUAUUUCUGGAUCAAUAUCAAUAAGUAAAUGUAUUAAUGUUGUAUAAUGCCAUUAUCAAAUGAGUAAUAUAGAGCCAACGAAAAUGAAAAACGAAUUAUUUUAUGUCAACUUCAAAUUUAGUUAUUAUUAGUUUAAUAUUCAAUUAAAUACACCAGCAUUUGUGCAUAAAAUAUUUUUGAUUCUUUAUUAUUAUUUUAUUGAUAUUUUUUUUUAAUUUUGUGGGUACGUAUUUUAAUUUAUAGGUAUAAAUUCUUAAAUGUAAUAUUUUAUACAAUCAUAAAAUGAUUUUACACGUUUGCAGUGUAAUAUUAUAUUACAAAAGCAUCGCUCUGUAAAUUUUUACGGAACACCGCGGCGUUGUAUUUUUUUAUUCCGACGAUAUGAACCGAAGAAGGGUCGACAUCAGAUAUCUGAGUGCAGUGUAAACUUUUGUUUAGUAACGUACUUUUAGGUCUAUUUAGGUAAUCUCGUACUGUACCAGGUGAUUAAUUUAAAUGGGUGGUGUUAUUUGUUUGGCGAUACGUGACGGUACGAUGCGCGGCGUGUUAUUAAUGCACCAUUACUCUCCUCUAACCUAAAAUUAAAAGUGGAAUAUCUUGUCAACGGCUUAAAAACAAUAAAAAAUGUCAACACCAAAAUUUUUUAACUAAUACUCUUUUAACUAAUUUAUUUAUGCAAUUUUCAAUAUAGGUUGCCAUUUGAAAAUCAAAAGUAGGUAGUGGUUUUACCCCAAACAUAAGGGUUAAAAAAAAUAUCAUAAAUAUAAAAUUGUAGAGCUGUUUGUUUCUUAAAUGUUUCCUGCAUUUUGUAGUAUUCCCGGAUUGUUCCCGGAGAAACGAGAGCUCUCUGUCAAAAAACGUCACACUUGGCAGCGAAAACGGCAAAAUCGCGAGACUAACCUCUAGGUAGUUAUAUGUACAUAUCUUUAUGUUAUAUUAUUAUAAUAUAGCGAUGUCAUUUAUUCCGGUUUCGCUUGGCGUCUGGAUAAACGUACAAGACGUUUUUUGCGUGGAAAUUGUCUUCGGCAUUUCGUAUUAUAUUUCAUGUAUACACAUAUAAUAUUAUAUAGGGUGAUUAUUUUAUCACCAACCAGCGCCGAGGUAAUAGUCGACAAAGAUUUCGAGGGUAGUAAAUAUUCGGAUAACGGUGUAGUAUCAAAAUCGAUCUGUCAUAUAGUUCACCGUAUUUCCGAUAUAAGGGGGAAAGGGGUCAGAAAGGAUUAAGUCCCUCCAAAACUCAGCAAAGCUCCCCACCCAAAUUAAAUCCUCAUCGAGGAUUAAUAAAUAGUAUUAAUAAAUACCAUAAUUAAUAUUAUAAUUAUAUUUAUUUACAAUUACGGGACGGGCCUAAUGAUGACAGAUUUAAUAAUUAUGACCUAAGAUUAAAAAUAAACUAAAUUCGAGUUAAAUAUACGUUGUAAAUGAUACCGGUGUUUGAUAAAUGUCAACAAAUUAUCGUACUCAACUUUUCGAUAAGAAUAAUUAUUGAAUAUGACUACGUUAAAAAAAUAAAAUCAGUGAGCGUAAUUAGUAGCAUCCCUUCAACUUCGCUUAUUUUUAUUUGUAUAACAUGGCUGAAAUUUUUUUUUCAAGAACACUUAAAUGAUACGGUGUUUAAACUGCUAUUUAGGGUCACUUCCAGUACAACAAAUUCCACUGUUCCGCGGUAUUCACGUUUUUAUUUCAUUUAUCAAAUGUUUAAUAAAUCAUAUAAAUAAUAUAUUGGACGCGAUAAAUACGAAUGUAUACAUUUUGUGCAAAAUCAAAAACGACCAAUUUUAUGUAACCCCUCACAUCUAACAGAAAAUUAUAGCCUACUGCUGUUCAGUCGUAAGUCUUUGGUAUAUGGUAGUGGCAUAAUGAGAUUUAUAAAUGAUAGAUGAAUAAAUGAUUUUUGUUCUAGUAAAUAGAACCAUAAAGUAAGACUCUUAAUGAAACUCCUGUUAAAUUUUAAAGCGUUUCUCUGUUAAGUCUAACAAUUUUACUACAGAGUACCAAACGAAUAAAAAUUACGUACAAAACUUGCAAAAUUAAAAUGUCUACAAACAGCUCAAAAAUGAUACACAUUUUUUGAAAAUUUUACCACGUCUAGAAAAAGCAAAUAUAAGUUUACUGUCCGAAUUACAAGUCUCCAUAAAUAUUUUUAACUGAAUUACAACAAAUAACAAAAUUGAAAAAUAAUAAAAGCAUUAUUUUCGUAAAUUUUCUGUUUUUCUUACGUUUUAUUUUGUUUUUCCCAAAUAUUAUGAAAACUGCUAGGAAAAUAAAAAACUAACUUCCUAAAAGUACCAUCUGGAAAACAUUCCCUUUCAGAAAUGAUAUUAUCUGAGUAAGAUUUAUGGCAGAAAUUUUGUACACAGGAUAAAAAAUAAAAAAAAUAUAUUUUAGUAAAACCAAUACAUUCUUCGCUACACUCAGAAUCUAAAAUAUUGACGUAUCUUGUGUUUUGCUAGAAGUUGGUUGAUAUUCGGUUAGAUUUUCAUAAGAAGCAUUCAUAAGUCCCCACGAUUGGUUAUUUGUAACCGAUUGGUUACUGCACUAAACCCACGUUCAACCAAAUACGAUGAUGGAAAUACAGUCAAAAAUGUUUGUACAACAACCCACAGUCCAGAAUAAAGUAUAUGUAUCUGCUUUUGCAGCUAGAACGCUUGGUAUUCUUUCUUGAACUUGAAUUUUAAUUUUUCAUUUGUAGUUGCUUCUAUUGAUUCAUCUUCUAAUAUUGGACAAUCUAUCGUUUCAAUAUUUGAAAAUGGAUCUAAAACCUAUUCAGGUUGUUGAAAUCGGAAUGUAAUGCUUCCAAGUGUUGACAAUAAGUAAUUAAAUCUUUAUCAUUUUUUUGUUAUAUUGAUAGAUUUAGAAACUGUAUAAAUUCAUUUCAUCUUAUAUUUCUUUUAUACGUAAGAAGUUUUGUUACAAAUUCAGAAAUAAUAUUUUUUUGUUUUGAUUAAAUUCAAAUCAUCACCUUGAAGCUGCAAAUUUGUUUCAAUAAAUUUUUUUAACAGGCCAGUCAAAUAAGCAAUGCCACUUCUACAAUUAAUUAAGUUGUCAGGUAAAAUAUCAUAUUUUGUUUUUAAAAACUCAAGCACCAAGUCAAAUAACUAAUACUGAUAACAUUUAGAUAAUAUAGAAGUAGAAACGUGUACGUUGUUACAUUUAUUGCGAUAAUGGCUAAUUUAUUUGUCGACAUACGAACGAUUAUUCUAAAUUUUUUUUAAAAAAAAGAGCUGAUAAUGGAGAUGGGAGCGGCCACUCUUGUAAGUGAGAAGUUGAGAAGGUAGGAUAUAUAAGGUUAUUUCAUUUAUAUCUGUAAGAAACGAUAAACCAUUGCUUGACGAAAGACGAUUCCGAGCUCAGUUCGGUAAUACAUAAUUUGAAGAGCCGUAAUUUUUUUUUGCGAUUUUCGUUAAAAUAUGAUUUCAAAACGCUUAUUAAACAAAAAAAAGUUGUCUGAUGAUUUUAAAAAAAUUGAUGAAAAAAGUUUCAAAUCUCUGUACUUCUAACCGAAUUAUAGUAAAACAACUCCCAAAAAUUAAAAUUCCUGAAAAGCUCAAAAGUGGCUUAAAAGUUUUUGCGAUGAUGCUGUAAAAAGUAAAUCAAAAAGGCAACAAAAAAGGUAUUUUUUGAUUUUCGAUUAUUCGAUAAGUGAGAAAUAUUUUUACCUAUUGAUGUACUUUUGAAGUGUAGUUUAUGACGUAUUAUGGAGUUUUUUUUGUGAAUAUUGCUUCUUAUUUGUUUAUAAAUAUAUUAUAAUCUUCUACUAUUUAUUUGUCUAUUAUACAUUAUGUAGGUAUUAGUUUGAACAUUAAUUCAAAUUUUUAAAAAUAUAAUCAUUCGUAGAUAUGAUUUAUAAAAUUAUUUUAACUUGGUAGGAAUACUUAAACAAUAAUAAUAUAAGUUAGAAAUAGAUUUGGCGGAAACGAUAUACGCCCAAUUUCGAUUGAAAAAUAAUGGUCGGCGUAACUAAAAUUUGUCAAGUGUGUUUUCUUUUGACGUAUUAUCAAUUUUCCCAAAAUUGUUUUAAUUUCAACAGAUUUAGAAUAUCUUGAAAAUCUAUUUAAUAUAAUAACAGUUAAGAUAGUAAUAUUAAGUUAAAUUAUUUUUAUUUACUUGAAAUUAUGUUAAGAUUACUAUUGACGGUCAAAUAACUGGAAGUGUAAAUAUGUAAUUCAAUGAUAUACAAAUUAUAAACAUAUUACUUAAAUUUAAAUAUUUGAGUUACUUUGAAUUAAAUAAUAUAUUUGUUAUAUUAUGCACCAAGUGACACGAUUUAACUCGUUAAACUAACAGUAUAAACAAUAACUCACAUUGACAAAACUAUUAUCAUGGCCGAGUAAGCGACGACGACCGUUAGCCGACGGAUCAUAGGGUUUUGUGCUAAAAACAGUAUCAGAUUCUAUGAUAAUUUUGUUUACAAAUAUCAGUAUUUAUUAUAUUCGACUGUCUGAAGUAUAUCUAUAUUUAUAACAGUUCAUUACUAGCUGUAUUAUAGUAAAACUGUCGACUGUUGACUGUCGAUAGUAAAUACUGAUUGAUUGAUCAUUCUCCUUAUGACUACUCCCUUAACCAUGACUUCCUGAGUCAUUUCAACCCUUUUCUUUCGUCAUUCUGAUCGUUAUUCCCUUCCAUUUAUCUUUGACGGCAUCACGGACGAACCCGUUCUCCUAUCUAUAAUAUCUCUUUCCCCGUAUUUAUAUUUGUUAUUAGAGUCCACGUCUUUUUAUUUAAUUCUACCUCACUCAACUUCAUAUGGGCAAAACUACCCCCUCUAAAAACACAAUAUUUGUGCAAAUAAAAUAAUUUCUUGGUGCAAUUGUAGAGCAUAAAAACUUCUUGAUCUCAGUAUUCUAAAUGCAUACAAAUUCGAUCCAAUUGGUUUUGUUAUCGAUCUUUCUUGUCAAGGAAGGAACCAGAAGCUCUUUAGAUAAAUCCUAUUUCCCUUUUGGUACGCCACUGUGUAAUAUAAAUUGUAUAGACAUCGGAUAUAGUUAGAUUGUUCAGGCUCGUGGAUAUAUAGGAGCCCGUGGGAUAAAUAAUUCGAUUUCAAAAUUAGCUGACGGGAAAACCUACUAAAAUAUACAUAUAUGUAUGUAUGUAUGUAUACAUAUUAUAUACUAGAUACCUACUAAAAUUUUCAGUGUCUCGAAUUUACGUUACCUCUUGAUUUUUUUGAUUAUACAGCGCCAUGCCGUCCGAAACUGUGAAUUGUAUAUUAUUUUAAUCUAAACUGUACUGUCGACCUCGGGGGACACUACUUCGGCGGUGGUGGGCUUAUAAAAUUAUUAUUUUCAGGUUUCUUUGAAAGUAACGAAAUUUACUUUGAAUGGUUUAAAUAACAAUGGGUUCGAGUUAUUUGAUUAUAUUUUUUGAUAUUUAAAAAAAUCUAUAAUACUGUACAUUGUUUGAAAUAUUCUUACGUUUAUUGCAUAAUUUUAACAUUUUGGGUAUAUUAAAACGUAUUAACUACAAUUAUUUACUAGUAUACUAUAAUGUUUCUUGUAUGAACAAAUCUAAAACAAAAAAUGCUAAUUUAUUAUUGUGAGUGCCAAGAAAGUAUUGUGUACCUACCCGGGUAACAAUUGGUUUUCGAAAAUAUUAAAUUAUAUAAAUAUAUCUCUUUAUUGAAGAAAUAAGAAAUUAUUAUAUGAUUCAGAAGUUUAGAUACCUCGUUUUAUCGUUCAUUCUAGUCUCAACUUUAAAACAAUAAUAUGCUAUUGAAAUUAUUUGAUUAUUGGAUUGGUUAUAAUUUUAUUAGCACUUUUUAUUACUACCACUUUAUUUAUUCGAUAGUUCAAAAAAGUUACAGUGUUGUUUGUCAACUGCAGUAAACAGUGUUCAUUGGGAUGAUCAAACCAGUUUUUGUCGGUGUAUCUGUUGAAAAUUCGCUCAGUUAGUAAUUAGGAUCUAUAUAAUCUAUAUUCUAUAAUACUUAAGUUCACGAUAUUCCCGCGGCAAUAGAAAUUUCAGUCGUUUUAACUUUUUUUAUUUUCGUCCAUCCUAUAUAAUGUCCCACAGAUAUUUGACAAAUACAAUAAUAUUUGUUAUGUUAAAUAUUUUUAAGUUCUUUUCUUGUAAUUAUUGUUAAAGCUUUGCGCUGUACAAAAAUAAAUUGAAAAAUACUUUAACAUAUGGAACAUAACUAAAGUUAUUGGAUUUCUCUGAUCUCUGUGAAACAUUAUGUAUAUGAAUAAUAUAAUAUAUGAAUAUAUAAUUACUUUGUACGUAUUCAUAAAAUAUUUUUUUUAUAAAUAUUCAGAAAAUUAUUUUAAAUACUUUUUAAGCAUUUUUGGAUACGAGUUUUAUAAUUUGUAUAGCUUUUUCAAAGGAUUUAUGUAGUCAUAUACUCAUUUAAUUUAAUACAUUCCUUUAUUAUAUCUUCUGUAUUACUUCGGGUAUUAUUUGAUUUUAAAUUAUUUAUUUACUAUUCAAGAUUUACUAUAAAAUACCAAACUAAAAUAUUAAUUUAUUUUAAAUAUAUUAUAUUUUCUAUUUAAUGUGCUCCGACUACUGAUUAAAUAUUAUAAUAGAUUAUAAACUCUAAUAAUAUUAACAUUUGCCGAAACUUCAAAAUAUUUUAGAAAUUAAAUAUCAUAAUUAAACAAAAGUUUCAAUCACCAAACAUUUUCUAAAAAACUAUUUUACAAAUUGCUAUUUUUAAUUUUAAACAAGGACAAUCAAAAAAUACCCUCCGUAAUACAUGAAUUAGACAAAAUUUGUUUUUAGGAAAUAUGCUACAUUUUAUGAUCAGAACAAAAUGUCAAAUAGAAAAGUUGUUAAAAGACACCACAAAAAGUAGUAAAACAAAUGUAAUCCUCGCUACGCCCAGAAUCUAAAAUUCGUUAGAAUUUGAAUCUAUUACACUGUAAUAAUUAAUGAGCAUAUACAAUGUCUGUGUUUGUGUAUUUAGUGACAAUAAUUCGAUGUGUUUGAUAUUUGAUAACACAGUUUAGGUAUAUGACUGUUUUAAUGGAAUUUGCAUGAGUCAACGCUGUUCACACAAGUAGAUUAAAAUAAAUGAUUAAAUUGUCUCUUUCUAUUAAAUACCACUGCGCGCAUUAUAUUAAUCGUAGAUAUUAUUUCCGUUGAUGAAAAUAAUGUAUUAUAAUAAUAUAUAAUAGCCGUUAUUAAAAAUAUGAUCAAUGAAUUUCAAUGAGUGUUUUGCAGAUUUAUCGAAAUAACGUUCGGUAAUAAAUUCUAAUAAAACUAUUAAUUCUAAUGUAUUAUUUUUAAUGAAGGUAAUUAUUAAUUAUAGUAUGUCUUUAAACGAAUAAUUUUAAAUGCGAUACAACAAACGGAACUAACAAAAACCGCUUAAUAAAAUAAUAAUAAUAAAAAAAAAACACAAAUUAGAUAUUGUGAAUUGAUCAAUUGCAUGUAGAUUGACGUAAAAGUUAAAUUUAUCAUAUUUUUAGAUUGUAAUAAGUGUAGUGAAGAAGCUAUUAAUCUUUUAUGCCGGUGUGCUAGGCAAAUCUGACGUCAGGCGAAUGUGACUCCAAGGCGAUAGAUUCAUUUUUAUUUAUAUAUAUGUUUAAAAUUAUUUAUAUGCAAUUUAUUUUAUAUUUUAUUACUUAUUGAUUAUACCAUUUUUAUUAUUUAUUGGAAUACUAAAUAUUUUUUAUUACAAAAAAUAAGUACCUACAAUUAUUAAUUAACGAAAACUACUACGAAUAUAAAUUAUUUACAUUAAUAUUAUUAUAAACUUAUAGCUAUUCAUUUUAUUAUGAUAAAUUUAUUCACCCCAAUUACCUAUCAUAGUUUUAAUUGAUAGCAUAAUUCAAUAUCGCAAUAUACAGGAUAUCAAUCAAUGUUAUCUAUGUGCUAAUAACUGUGUCAAUAUUAAUUUAAUUUUUAUUUUUUUAACGAAUCACAAUAGCUACACAGUUAUUUCUUAUUUCAAAGGUAGUUUAUAAUUGUUUUCACACCUAUUUUUUAGAAAUUAAAACGGUUAUUACUUUGAAACUAUUGAUGGGAUGUAAAUGUAUGAUAUAUUACAAUUUUAUAGAAUAAUAUGUUUUAAAAAAUGGCUUAAAAUGGUACUUUUACAAAAUAGCUUUAUCAAUAUUUUUUGGAAAUAAAAUAAAAUACAGAUAAUACACGGACAUUUCUAAUAUUUAAGGGCAUAUAUUCAUUGGAAAAUCCAAUUUGGUAGAUUAUUACUAUAGGAGACUACCCUAUUUUAAUUAGGAAUUCCUGGGAUUUUACACACGAUAAUAUUUACCGAAAAUUCAACGACAUAGAAAAAUAAUGUACAUUUGUAAAUCAUCCGAAUUAAUUUAUUAUAAUAUAAUUAAUAGCUAAAAUGCCGGGUGGCACAACAAUUUAUUGAAUCAAUAAAAGUUCAAAAAUGUUGCACAAAGCUUCAAUGCCUUAUUGAAUUGAUAAAAUAUUGUUCAAAAGCGACUAUUGGUUCAAUAGUUUAUUGGCUCGAAUUCAGACCAAUAAGUUAUAUUGAUUUGAUAAUAUGAAAUUUAUUAAUGUAAAAAAUUGAUAUAAAUAUGAAAUUUUUUAUUUUCAUUUGACCAAAUACAUAAAUUAUAAUGGACAUAAUUGAGUUUUCUUCGUUUGAAGAUGAGUUCAUGAUUGAUGUGUUAGAAAUUUUACCAAAACAGCGUAGGUAUAAUAGGCAUAUAGAAUUAGUAGAUUUGCUAUCUAUUUCAAUCAUUAUGUCACAAAUUAUAAUUUAAUAAAUAUAUGAUUAAAUUAACAACUUACUAAUAAAUUAAUUUCAUUUUAUCAAUUAUCUGUUAUCAACCACGGCUUUAGAUUAUUAAACUAUUAUAUUAUGUGGUUAAAUUUAUAUUUUAUAAUAAUAUUUUGUGCAACGCUUUUUAAUAUUUAUAUAUAUUAUUAAAAAAUACUUUAUAAACUAAUAAAACUUUUAGUGCUGAGAAAUUAAAAAUAUUAUGUCAUUUCUAACUUCCAACCUACACCAAUAGCCUACCUAUAUUGCGAAUUAUGGGGACAAGACAUUUUCAUGAGUUUUACACCUAUCCUGUGAGUUUGAGCCUUAUUUCAUCGGAUAUUAUUUCAUUUAUAACUUUAAAAAUGGCCACGCAAAAGUGCACAACAAUGGCCUACCCACAGUACGAACUAUAUCAAACAUGUAUUUCCAUAACUUUAACCCGCUCUUCGUGAUUAAGUUUAUAAUUUUAUCGGCAAGUAUCUUAUUAUUAUUUAAAUGCUAGCGAACAAAUAUUAGCUAACUACAUGAGCGAUUACAAUAAAUACCCGAGGCACUAACUAAGUAAUUAAUGCGGUUUACGGUUUUUAAAUACAAUAAAUAAAACUGAUCUAGUUUACAUUAUUAAUGCUAAAAACAUUGAUGUAUAGUGCUUAUAAAUUAAAAGGAUAAAAUAUCCGUAUUAUGAAUAAAAAAAAGUAUUCCAAUAAAUAAUAAAAAUAGUAUAAUCAAUAAGUAAGGAAAUGUAAAAUAAAUAAUUUAAAACAUACUUAUAAAUAAAAAUCAAUUCAAUCGCCGUGGAGUCAGAUUUCCCAGACGUCACAUUUACCCAGGCGACAAAUUGAAACUAUACCAGACCACUAUAAAUAAAUUAAGAAUAUCAUACCUAUUAAACAUUCAAUUGAUUUCAAUUAAUAAAUGAUUUGAUAUUUAUAUCUAAGAUUUAUUUUUUGCGUAAUUUAAAUUAAAAUACUUUUUUAAACAUUUUUUUCCAUUUGUGCAUCAAUAAGACGGGUUGGUGGCAGUUAUAAAGUAUAAGUACAAACGGGAUGGACAAGGAGAAGAGUAAAUUUAUUUAUUACUCUUAUUUAUCGAAAACAAUUUUUUGAACGUUUACAUAAUUAAUUAACUUAUUUGUUAUGAUUUUGUUAAUAAUAUAUUAUUAUAUGAGUAAUUUUCACGUCAGAAUGUCAACAUUUUAAAAACCUAAAUAAACAAAAGUUAAGUACAUUUUAUAUAAAUAGUUAUUAAAACAUUUAAUAAUACAAACUGAAUACCUACAUGAUCCAUAAUAUCCACUAUAAUUAUGACACUAUAUUGUUAAUUUAAAUUUGGAAUUAAUAUUUUUAUUUGUACAUUUAUUUCAUGUUGUACAUGUACAAUGGCUAGCUUCAUUUGCGUCCGCCAGUUUCACUGGCAGUGGAGUAGGUGACAGGUUAGGUUAGGGUCUAUCGAUUUUUGUAACACAAAUUGAACAUUUAAUAAACUGAAAAAACCCAGAAUUAGGUAAAAUACUUUAUAAAAACAUCAGAAUAAAUAUUCGAAUGUUUCCAAAAAAUAGUAUUUGGAAUACAUUGUGUUCAAAUAUUAGAAUUUUAAAAAUAUUCCAAAUACUACAAAAUAUUCGGAAUAUUUUAGGAAUACAUGUAAAAAAAAAAAAAAAAAAAUGCUAAAUUAAAUUCAGAUAACUUAAGGGAGUAAUAAAUAUUGUAUGGUGAUAACUGAUAAGUAAUAAAUAACACGAUUGCGCGUAUUAUAUUUUACUUGUUAGGAAUUUCGAAAAAUGUUUUAAAUUAAAUAUAAUUUAUUAUUUGAAAUUAUGCAUUUUUUAAAGUAAUGUAUAAAUAAAUUGGAACAUUUUAAUUAGAUAACCGAGAAAGUGUUUUUCAAGAAAAUAAUGCACACUGACGUUCAGUAUUGCCAGAAAAUCCCCAAAUAUCAUAAAUUAUGAUUAUGAACUUAUCUUCUAUAUCGCGUUUUCACGACCCGGUUAUUUGAUGAAUAUAGACAAAUAUUUAAAUAAUCGGCAAGUUACACAUCGGCCAGUUAUUUUCCUAAUAACAAUCUCUUUGACUCUUGUCACUUCUACCGACAAUUCGUUGGAAGGUAGGGAAUAACAAAUACCAAAUACCGAAUAUUCGUGCAAGUACUCCGUUAUGACUACACAGCGAAUGUCAACGAAUAGCGUUUAUUCGUCAAAUACACGAGUCUGGGGAACCCAUUUUCCGUUUUCCGCAAUAUUGAGAAAUAAAAAAGCUAAAUAAUUUAUAUUACAUAUUAUUACUUUUGUUAUUUUAAAUUUUUCAUAGAGGAGGAAAUACAGAGGUAAAAAGAGAAAUUAUAUUACGCUCACAAUACUCAUUCACACGGUGUAUACUUUAUGGUUAUUUCCUUUAAAUCCUAUAUUAUCUUUUAUAGUUUAGAAAAGCACCGUCAAAAUCGUUUUGGUUCUUGUAUUCUCCUCACUCGGGUGUUCCCGUCUCAAAACUCAACUGCACCGUUACCAAAUUCCUGCUUUGUCUUUGGCAAUCUAUAUUAUCUAAGUUCAUGAUUGUAAUGAAAUAUUAUUAGAUAGAUAUUAUUGAUAAUAUUAUUACAACUUUUUUUUUAUCAAAUGAACGUUAAAUUAACAAAAUAAAGUCGUUCACCUUCGUGUAAUAACUUAAUGCAUUUAUGGUUCGUUCACUUAAAAUUUAACAUGUGUAGUAUUACACCUAGUGCCAUUACUAUAGGUACUGACAGAGGAUUAAAGGAUAAAACAAUGGCAGUAUAAAUAAUCGAAAGAAUCAAAACACGGCAAUAUUUUAAAUUUGUAUUAUUAUUGUGUUGUCUAUUUCUUUUUAAAUUAAUAAAAACAAAAAUUUCAGUUCUCGUAUUUGUUUUAUAGGAAUUUUUUCUAGUUGGUACUUUGGGAAAUCAUUUUUUGAUUUUUAAUUCAAUCAGUCUUCAUAAUAAUUGAAAAAAACUUAGAAAAAACCUGAAAAUUUACGAAAAUAAUGUAUUUAUUCUUUUCAACUUUGUUUUUUUGUGGUACUUAUCUAAUUCAGUUCAACGUUUUCGUAAAGACUUGAAAUUUUGACAGAAAACUUCUAUUCGUCUUUUCUAGAUAUGGUAAAAUUCUCAAAACAUUUGAUCUAUUUUUGAGCUAUUUAUUUGGAUUUUAGUUUUGCGAGUUUUUUACGUCAUUUUUAUUUGAUAGGUACUCUAUAGAUAAAAUUGUUAAACCAAACAAAAUGCUUAGAAAUUGAACAGGAGGUACAUUACAAACUGUUAUUAAUGGCAAAAAAAAUGUUGAGUUUAAUGUAGUUUUUUUUUUUUUUUAAAAAAGAAUUUUAAUAUUAAAUUCUGACGAAAAUCAUAAAUACUACGGCCUAUUAAAAUAUGUAUAAUCGAACUCCACACCGAAUUUUUUUUUUUUAACAAUGAUUAAUCGUUGCAUACAGAUAAACAUUAAAUUCCAUUCAAUAUCCUAUCUUCCAAACUUCUCACCUACAACAGUCACCGACCCAUCGUGAAGUCUUUUUUUUAUUAGUAAUUUCUGUCUAAUGGAGUUUGCCUUAAAACGUUGAAGCAUUUUCUUUCCAAUUUCGAAUUCAAACGUUAUGUUAUUUCCACAGAAAGGAAGUUUUUAAAUUUAACCAGUUAGCUUCAUAUAUUAUUAGUUUUUAAUAAUCCUCAUUGUACUACGUCCCUAAUAUAUUAUAGAUAUUUACAUUUUGGUUUAUCUAUCACUCAUUUGUUAUUAAAAAAAAAAAAUAUGAAGAAACCACGAGGUGAAUUAAAUUACGUUAAUUGUCUGUAUGGUAAUUAUUAAUUAAUUAUUGAUCCAUUACAUUGUUUAAUAUUAUGUUUUAAUUCACGGUACCUAGUUCACAAUGUGUAAUGAAUGUUAAAUUAUUCUUUUACUCAAAUAUUGUGUUAAUAUGAAACACGCUUUCAAAUGUAAAUUGAUUCAUUAAAGAAAAUUCGCUGACCUAUAAUGCUUAUGUAUGGAUAUAUCAGGUUCAAAAACUAUUGCCGUUUAAAGCUGUAUAUGUGACUUAUUCAUUUAUAUUUUAUACCGUGUUAAAAUAAAACCCUAAGAGUAAUAUAAGCUAUCAUAUACCUAUCUAUCAUAUUUAAACCAUUGUAAAUAUUGGAUUAGGUGCUGGGGCGUGUACAAAAAAAUAUAUUUUUUUGAAGUGGGAGAGAGUUUAAGGUUGUACACAUUCAUACUUAUAUAAGAAAAGGUUUAAAAAGGUUGUAGGUAUUCCUAUCAUUUACAUUUAUUACAUUAAAGUGAAUACAUUUUCAAAACUCGAUUGCAUUUUUCUAUUUUAUAAAAGGUACUUUAAUUAUUAGAACUCCUUUUUGAUGCGAAUCUUAACCAAUAAAAUCAUUCGAAAACAUUACGUAAAUAUUGGCUAUAUAAUAAUGCACUUUCUACAUGUUUAGAAUAAACUAAUGAUGAAUACCUAUUGCCUAAACCAAUCUCUAAGUCAUUUUAAACAAUAACUUGUACAUUUAUUAUAUAAUUUAUAACAAAAAAAAAAAAAAUCACUAAAACAACUUGUAUAGGUAUUUUAUAUAAUCUGAAAAGAUGAACACUUAAUUCUUUUUAAUUUUAAGUCUUUCUGUAGCCUUAUACUCAAUCAAAAUAUGCUUAUAGUCAUUUUAAUUUAUAAUAUAUAAAAAAAAAAAUCAAUACAAAAAAACUUGUAUAUCAAGUAUUUUUAUAUAAUAUCUUUAAGAGAAGAAAAAACCUGAUUCAUUUUUAAGCCUUUCUGUAGCUUUACUCAACCAAAUGGGACGUUCCCACAAGGCGUUAAUCACGAUAGUCAACUACGCUAGUCAACUUUCGUUCGUGAUACUCACGAAAGUGUGAAUUGAUGAAACGUUCACACGUUUUUUUGGGUUCAUGCCAUUCACGUCUCGUGUUUCGACUUAGUCACUAUCGAAACAUCGAUCAUGAAUGGUCUGGUUGUUGAAUGUUGUGGUGUUUUAAGUUCGUUUUUUGCUACUAUCUUAGCAAAAAAGAUGGAGCGCUUACAGGUCACAAUUACAAGAAAACAAAAAAAAGACGUUUUCGGGUUAGAGAAUGGAUACAGAAGAAACAUGUUAGGAACGUCGAACUUGGUUAGUAUACAAUUAAAAAGUUCUUUUUUUGGUCCAAGUUCAGGAAUAUUUAAUUCAUGACUUAUUUUCUUAGCUGCGGCUGCACGUAAAUUUCUAUCACGGUAUUCCUCUAAAGUUGAGUCAUGUAAUACCUUUUCCAUCGAAUACAAAUCCAAAAAACGCGUAGUUUCACUGUCGUUAAACUUAAUAAUUCCACGUUGCUGUGACGACAUCUAGGCUUCACGAACGGUAUAUCACGUCUGAAAAUUAAACACGUUUGAUCUAUCCACGCUUGGGUCUUGCGCCGUUCCUCACGAAAGCAAGUUUAACGACUGUGCGUUCACACAGAAGUGUAUUUCAGGAAAGCGUGGUUGCCUGUCGUGAUUAACGCCUUGUGAGAAUGUUCUAAAAUGCUUGCAGUCAUUUCAAUUUGUUUCACAGUGAUGCCAUGAAACUUUUCUUAAACUGUGCUAAUAAUAAACAUAAAAGUAUUUAUAUUAUAUUUAUAUAUUAGUGAAAGAAGAUCAAUGUUACAUUUUAGGUGUAUUAUCCCAGUUCCACCAACAUUUUGAUGAAAUUUAGAUUCUAAUUAACCUUUUACUCUGAUCCAGAACGGUUUAUUGAUAAAAUAUCGGUGUUAUCCCUAAAAAUAUACUAUAAUAAUGUUAGAUAUUUUACAAAAUAUAUUUUGUUGAUAGUUAUUUAGUAUUCCAUGUUAUUUUUUAAUUUGAGUCCCACUAAGAUUAAUUGUUUCAGAAAAAAUCUAAAUUUGGCAAAAUAUUUACCCCACGCAUCUAGUAUUGUUAUAGUUAUUGUACCUCUUGUUCCAUAUUAUUAUAAUAUUGUUAGCCCGAUUUAUGUUAUGAAUUAUUUUAGACAAUUUAAAUCCAAAUAAUGUAAAUAAAGUACAUAUAAAAGUUAAUAGAUAAUAUUUCUAUGUAAUAUAAAUUUAUUUUGUAAAAUGUUUUACAGAUAUAUACAUCAUAAUAUAUAUCCAUUAAUUAUUCUAUGAGGUAAAAAAAAACCGUAUAUUCUCUUGGUUAAAGGUCAAUAUUUGACAAAUGGACAUACAAUAAAUGAGAAUAUGAUCUUACAUUUCACUUAGAAAUACGAAUCAAAUUCAAACACAAAAAAAGUUCUAGACCACUUCUACAAAAUCUAUACUUUUUAAAAAUUUAAAACUUAUUUUUUUCAAAUGGUUCAAUUUUUAAAUUUGAAUUUACAACUCCAGUUGCUUUAUAAAGGUCUGAUAUUACAGAUUUACUAAGUAUUUUAACGUCAUAUUAUUCAAAUGGUUUGAUACCAUUUUUUAUAGCUGAUCUAAUUUUUAAAGCACUAAAUUUAGAAUGCCAUAAACAUGUACUGAAAUCUAUCAACCAAUUGCUUGGGAUAACCUCUACACUAUCAUUAAUAAAAGUCACCACAUACCAUCCAGUAAAUGACACAUUUAUGAUAAAAACUAUAAAUUAAAAAUAUAUAUUUCAUUAAGCAACAUAUUUUGAGUACAUUUCAUAUUAAAACUAAAUUAAUAAAACUGAAAAUAUAUACAAAACUAUAAUAAUAUAUAUAGUUUUUAUUAUUAACAAGUUAUUAUUAAGUAGGUAUGUGUUGUAAUGGAAUAACUACAAAACCAGACACAUAAGGAUAUUGAGCCAAUUUAAUUGAAACUUAUGUUAUUGGCAUAUAAGAGACAUUAUCAUCUAAUUGUUCUACGUAAUGAAUACCAAUUAAAAAUGAAGAAUAUAGUUUUUCAUAAAAAAUGUUAAUUGAUUUAUACUUCUUUCCAGUUAUAACAGGAGUAUUAAGUGAUGGACAAUAUGCAAAAAUGAAAAUUUCCAAAAUGGUGUUACAUGACAAUUUACAGCAAGAAAUUUGUUUAUUAAUAUUUAACUCCCUUAAAUGUAAUUUCAAAAGACACCUUUGUCCUACCUUCAUUUAAAUAAAUUAAUAAAAACAUGAAAGGGCAGCACAAUAUAUAUUUUGAACUUAAGUUAGAUUCAAUUUUAAAUAAAAAUGUAUAAUGUAUACUGUAUAUUGCUGUGGCGUUUCAUGGGUUUCAUGAGUGUAAAUAUUUUCUUAAUGGCCGUAUUUUUUUUUCCAAUCAAUAUUCGUAUUAUAUUUGUAAUAAAUGUGAAUAUUACUGGUCUCAUCGUAUAUAAUUUAUAUUUACAAUUAUAAUAUAAAUAUAUUUAUUCCACCAAAAAAUGAUUGAUAAAUGAUUAUAAUUUACAGAUUUUAUAUAGUGAUAACUCUUUGAAUUUUAUUAUUUUUCAUCAUUUUUUAUUUCUUAAAAAAAAAAAAGAUUGUUUCAAAAAUAGCUGCUCCAUCUAUUGUGAUAUCAAAAAUAAAAAACGUAAAUCAUUUUUCAUUUACCUAUUCUAAUAAACGUUUCAACGAAAUUAUCGUUGAUCUAAAAAUAUCAAUAUUUACCUCACGUCUCCACUGUUAAAAAGUACUUAAGUACUUGCACCUCAUAUUUUGGGAACCGCUGAGAUAAGAUAUAGAUACCAGGUGUGGAUAUAUAAGAUACACAGAACUUAUAUCAGAAUUAAGAUACUGCAGCGAUGGAGUAAAAUAUACUUACCUUUUGGGAUGUUUGUAAAAGUCUAGAUUUUCUUUGAUUUUAAUAAUAUUCUUAACACUGAUUUUAGAUUCUGAGUGGAACGAAUGGUUUAUGGUUUUCCAAAGGAAAUUGGUGUGGGGAGGUACUUUAGGGAGGUAAUUUUUCAUUUUUCCAGAGUUUACUCAGCGAAUGUGAAAAACCUGGAUAAAACAUGGUCGAUGCCAAUUAUUCCGUAUUUAUUCUUAUUUUAUUUUUGGAUAAAUUCGUUGACAAAAAUAUUCGUUAUAGAUUAUGACAGCGAUUAUAUUCAUGAAAAAUAAUAACUACAAGAAUCGAUACCGGUGAUAAUGCAUCAAAGAUAUACGGGUGUAUUUAAAAUAAUUAAUAAUAUAGGCAUAAUUAAUGGACACAUGACAAUAUAAUUAAGCGAUUAAAAAUGAUCGAUGAUAAUAUGUUUCAGGUUCAAUUUAACCAUAUUUAUGUGGAAGGCAGUAUACUACUUAUACUGUUGUGGAUAUUGUUUAAAAAGACAGCGAGUACUGCAAAUUCAAAAAAAACUAAACCUCCAGAAACCGUAAGUGGAGAUUUAAAAAUAUGCAAAUUUGAAUAUUUUUUGUAAUUGCAUAUUAUUGUAGACAUAUAUUGGUGUAAUAUUGAUAAAUUUUAGUUUAAUUUUUGAUGUACUACAUUAUUGAGCAAAUUUGUAUUUAAUUUGUAAAAAUUAUUACAAAUUGUUUUCCUAACGUUUAUACUAAAAAUCAUUUCUUCUCCUUGAGUUCAAUUAUUUAUAUAAAACUCGACGCAAUAAUAAUAGAACAAUAAAUUGUAAUUGGCCAUUUACCACAAAUAAUCGAUUUCUCGAAGUUGAUUCUGUUUUAGAUACGAAGCAGAGCGAAGGAUUUAUUGAGUUUACUAUGUGUGUUGUUUUAGAUUCGGAACGUAGCGUAGCGACUAAUGAAUUAGUUCCUUUUUCAUGAGCGUGUUUUAAGAUCAAAUUUCGAUGAAUAUCGUAAAAAUGACGGCAUUUUAAAAUACAUUUUACCGAAAUUUGUUCUGAAUCGUUUCUUAUAAGCAACGGUUUAUGGUUACUUAUAGAUAUUAAAUUAAAUAUUUACCUGUCCCCAGUAUCAGCUCUUUUUUAAUUUUUUUAUCAUUUUCAAUGGAAAAAUAAAUAAUGAAAUAUUUGAUACCUUUUUUGUGAACGGGCAAUUGCCACUAUUACUCUUCCUUGUAUUCGCCCUUGUGCAUGACCAGUAGCGUAACUAAAACUCUUGAUGCCCGUGGAAAAAUAUCUCGCCAGGUAAAAAAUAUUAUAGUAGUGCCCAAAAUAAAACGGCCAUAUCAAAAAAAAAAAAAAUAAAUAAAAUGCUAUUUCUGAAUUUUUACCUUAAAUAUCCUAAAACUAUUGCAUAAACAUCAACGAAAAAGGCCAAUAAUAAUAAAAAAAAAUUAUAUGUUUACACUUCCCUAUCAAUAACUGCGCUAGCAUCGGCCCUGGGUAAGUCGGACCCGAUUUCCACGAUCUGUUUUCAUACAUUUGCCCGUCCACUUAAUAACAAUGCCUUAGAUUCUUAUUUGGGGCCUCUUAAUAUCAUGGGCCAGUGGCAAAUUUCCAGUCACGCCAACCUAUUGAUACGCCACUACUUUAGUUGGUAAAUUGAUAAUUUAUAUCCCAAUUUAAUAAUGAUUAAAAAAAAAACAGAAAUAAAAUUCGCUUAAAAAUCCUUCGUGAAAAUCGCUAGUUUGUGAUAAAUGAAUAUUUAAGUAAUAUGUAUAAUUUACGUCUACAUGGUUAUUAUUUAUUACGAUUUGAAAUUCAAGCCUAUUUUUUUUAUAAUUAUUAUAAGUUAUUUAUUUGUUUUUUAUUAAGGUGGAUGUAGACGAACAGAUAAGACUAUGGACCCCUCAACCUAUGAUUGAUUCGUAUAACCUAGAUGAGCUACCUAUGAAAAACUAUGUCGUUGAUAGUAAGGUAAAAAUAAAUACAUAUAUCGUAGUGCAUACGGUAUCUUUUAGGUGAUGUUUUUCUUAACCAGGUUUAUGAUCAUGUCACAAUUAAUGGUCAGUCAUGCAUAAAUUUCGCAACCCAUAAUUACUACAAUUUUAUCAACGACAAAAAUAUUGAAAACAGCGUUGUAGACGCUGUGCAUAAAUACGGUAUCGGUUCUUGUGGUCCCAGAGCGUUCUACGGUACAUUUGGCAAGUAUUUUUUAACGUGUAUUAAGUUUUAUUUUCAAAUGUUCGAUUUUAGGUAUAAAACGUAAAGGAAUGUAUUUGGUUUAUUUUUAAAAGUUUUAAACGGGAAUAGAAAAAUAAUUAAUCUGUUCAAAUAAUUCCCGUAGGAGACAAAAAUAAACACGAUUUCUAAAAAAAAAAAAAAAUCAUCUACGGGCAGUAGAGCUCUGUCCAGGAGCGUAUUUAAGCACACACCCUAUAGGCACGGGUCUAGAGUGGCGACAUUCGGAGGCAGUAAUUUUUUUUUUACAAAAUCACAAAAAAAAUUGUCUAUAAAUUUGUAUAUUAUAUAUUUUUUGUAAUUGUUUAAUUGAAAAAAUUAUUUAUACACAACUUAUGUGUCAUAAUUAGGCUUAGAGACUUUUAGCUCUAAAAAUCAUACAAAUAUGCUUUAAACAUUUAAUAAAUAGCCUGUUAUAGAAUUUAAAAGGCGUAUUUUGCUAAUAUAUGUUUUAAUGAGAAAAAACAUUAAAAUAAGCAAAAAUAUGCAUAAUCAUAUUUUCGAUAUAGAUUUUAUAUAACAUAAACAGGAUUUCUAUUUGACUCUGCUACUUUUUACAUAAAUCAGACAAAAUAUGCAAAUGUUAGAAGUAUAUCCAUAAAGUAUACAUUUAUAUAUAUUAUAUUUAUAACCCAAAAUUGAAUUUUAAAAAAUCGCUCAAUGUUAACAGCAUACACAUAUUAUACGCAAUGCGGACUUACGGCCAAUACAUACAUAAUACAAAAAAACAUGUCUUCAAUGCUGGUUUGAUUGGCCGUACUGUCAAUUAAAAUAUAGUAAUGUAGUAUAUAUAGCUACAUAAUGAUAGAAAAAUACCAUAGGUAUGUAUUAUAGGUGCUGAAUAACUCAAUAGCUUGGCAAUUUUAAAUAUAGAAGGAUGAUUUCUGGUGGAGAAAAAAUUGUGAUAUUUAAUUGAUACAUUCGCUGAAAUUUCCAUGUUUUAUCCGGGCUUUUUAAAUUUGCUGAGAAACCUCUUGAGAAAAUCGAAAAAUGACUUCUUGAAGUAUCUUUCCAUGUCUAUUUUCUUUCAGAAAAGUUAUUACACGUAGAAAUCUUAACAAUUCUUUUGGUAGAAAAUUUGCGUGUAGUAAAAAAAAAAAAUAAAUAUAUAUCUUUGUAAAACUAUAAGCUUCUUCGUUCCACUCAGAAUCUACAAUAUAUAAUUAAGUAUAAUAAUGUGUUAUUUUUAUUGAAGACAAUUAUAAAAAAUUAUAUAUUUAAAUAUAUUUUAUAAAUAAUUUUAGGAGGGAUGGGGUGGAAAAGGUGAUGAAUUAAAAAGUGCCUAUAAAAGGAGAAAAACCUUAAUACGCGACUAGUUCCGUUACAAGAAUCAUACUUACCUUCGCUUAUUUUAUAUCGAAUAUAUAUUUUUUGUAAAACAAUAAUUACCUCGUUAAAUAUUAUUCAACGAGUGGUGGGAGUUGAAAGUUGUAAUAACAAAAAGAACAUUCUUGAUAUCAACGUCAUGCAUAUUUACAAAAUGUCAUGCUCCUUGGUUCACUUAGAGAAUUUUGUAGGUGUCUUUAAAGCUGAAAAAACACACUUCUCCAAAAACAUAGUGAAAUUUACAAUGAUUUCACUUUUUCUGAAUGGAAAUCUGAUUGGAAAUGUACGAGGUCUGUUCAAAAAGUACCAGGAUUUUAUUUUUAAUAAUUACAAAAAUGAAGUUACAUAUUAUUUAAAGAUAUCGCCUUCAAAAUACUCUCAUCCAGACAAUAUGCAGUGGUUCAAGCGAUCUUGUCAUUUUUCGAAAGUCCUUUGAAAUUGUUCUAAAGUUAUAGCUUUGAGUUCUGUUGCCAUAUUUGCUUUAAUUUCUUCUAAGUCUUGAAAUCGUUAUCCUUUAAGCGCAGAUUGUAUCCACGGGAAAAGAAAAAAAUCGCACGGGGCUAGAUCAAGUGAAUAGGGAAAGUGUGGGACCACAGGUAUUAUUUUUUUCAGCCAAAAAUUCACGAAUUGACAACGCUGAGUGUGCUUGCGCAUUGUCGUGAUGAAGAAACCAGGUUCCACUUCGCCAUUUUUCUGGGCGCUUAUUGCGAAUUCUCUCUCGCUAACGUAUUAAUACAUCUUUAUAGAAUACCUAAUUGACUGUUUGUCCAUGGGGCACAAAUUCAUAAUGAACAAUACCUUCAAUAUCAAAAAAAACAAUCAGCAUUGUCUUGACAUUCGAUCUCACUUAGCGAGCUUUUUUUGGUCGAGGGGAAAAUUUUGUUUUCCACUGAGAUGACUGUAACUUUGUUUCCGUAUCGUACCCAUAAACCCAUGUCUCGUCCCCUGUGAUGAUGUUUUUUAUGCAAUUUAUAUCAGCAGAUCGAUUUUUAAGGUCUUGACAAAUCGUCAAACGAUUUUCCUUUUGUUCCGAUGUCAACAACCGCGGAACGAAUUUAGCAGCUACCCUUCUCAUCUGUACAUUUUCCGUUAAAAUUUUAUGACAAGAUUCAAUUGAAAUUCCUGCUUCAUUUGCUAACUCGCGAACAGUUAAUCUGCGGUCAUUUCGCACUUUUUUGUAAAUGUUCGCCACAACAUAAUCGUUUCUAGAUGUCGACGGUCUUCCAGAACGUGGAUCGUUAAUUGACUGUUGACCAUCCUUGAAACGUUUAAACCACUCGAAAGUAACGGAGCAACUUAAAGAAUCGUCUCCAAAAGCAGUUUUAAUCAUUGUGUACGUUUCAGUUGCAUUUUUACCAAGUUUCAAACAAAAUUUGAUGCACACACGUUGUUCGUUAAUUUCGGACAUGACGAAAACGGAGAAUGAAACAAACUGAAUAGAUUUAAUCACGUAUAAUAUUAAACUGAGAUAAGAUAGCGACUUCGGGUUUUGUUCAAAAUAUUCUCUAAUAAGUUGGGAAUACAUCUAAUUAUAAUUUAAAACGUUAUCAUGUAUAGAUUAGCCGCAAUAAUAUUUGUCCUGGUACUUUUUGAACAGACAUCGUGCGUAGUCUACCUACGUGCGAAGCAUUUCCGUCUUUUUAUCAUUUCAAUCUAUGCUAUUAUAUAAAAUUGUAAGGGUUUUUCUUCGACCGCGCUAACCGAGAAAACUACUGGACCGAUUUGGCUGAAAUUUUUUUUGGCUGAAACCCGACACUCUGCUGAAGGUUAUAGUACCACUUUUGUCAGUAAAAAAGUUCAUAAAAGUUCAUAAAAAAUUAAAAACAAUUGUACCUAUAUUGUGCGGCACGGCGGGUCGCGGGUUUACAGCUACCUGUAACUUGACCUUUUUUUUGUAUCGUGUUUGAUAUCGGCGUUCCGAGAAGUAUAUCGCACUUACACCGACAACACGUAUACCCAAUAUUCAUNUUCAUAUCUAUACUAUAUUGUUAUUAUUAUAACUUCGUUAUCUAUACUAUUAUAUAAAAUUGUAAGGGGUUUUCUACGACCGCGCUAACCGAGAAAACCACCGUACCGAUUUGGCUGAAAUUUUUUACCAUUGUACCCGACACUCUGCUGAAGGUUUUAGUACCACUUUUGUCAAUAAAAAAUAAGUAUAAAGUUCUUGAAAAAUUAAAAAAUUGUCUACCCAUAUUAUAUACGUAUUGUGCGGCACGGCGGCCCGCGGGUUUACAGCUACCCGCGACCUGACCUUUUUGUUCGUCAAAUUGUAUCGUGUUUGACAUCGGCGUGUAGGUACGAAUUGUUCCGAGAAGUUUAUCGCACGCACACCAAACAACAUGUAUACCGAAUAUUCGUAUUAAUCUUUAUCUAUAUCUUUAUAUAUUUAUAUCUACAAUAAUUUCUCAAUUCUCUUUCUCCUUCGGGAUUUCCUCUCCAUAAGCUAAAAUUAAAAAUUGGUACUCCGAUUACAUUAUUACGUAAUCUUCAACCACCGAAGUUAUGUAACGGUACAAGAUGACAAAUAAAAUCGUUGCAGAAUAGUGUUAUAGGAGCCGUCAUUCUUACGGGGCCGGCAAAAGGAGAAAUUGCAUUUAUUCCAAGAAUUCCCGUGAUUCCGUCGGACUUGCCGUUUCCGUUCAAACGGCUUUAAUUCUCUGUUAAAGUUUCUUUGGCAAUCACGAUAAACAAAGCUCAAGGUCAAACAUACAGGUACGUUGGCGUAGGUCUUCGAACACAGUGCUUUUCACAUGGACAAUUAUACGUGGGAUUUUCUCGAACUGGGGACCCGAAGCAUCUUAUGAUUUUAAUUUCAACAGGAGAUAAAACAAAAAACGCCAUAUACUCAGAAGUUUUAUAAAAUUCUUUAUCAACCGUAAAUUACUCAGCAUUUCUUUUGUAUCUGCAUUCAUUUUUAGUAAAAAUAUAUUUGUCAUUAAUCCCGCUUGAAACAUUUCAAUACGUUUUCAUUAACCGUUUUUUUUUUUUUUAUAUUAAUUUGCCGAUAUUAUUAAACGAUAGAAUUUGAUUAAAAAAUUCUAUAUAUCAUUAUCCAAAGGCAAAUUAAACAACCAAUCACGGGUGAAGCCGUGACGGGUCGGCUAGUUCGUUUAUAAAACAUCUCUAGUUCUUGAGUAUGAGCUAAUUUGGUCCAGACGGUACUGCUAUAAGUUUACAUUAUACAAUAUACCCGUGUAAGAAAUAAAAUGCAAUACAAUCGUCUCUAUUUUUCUAUCGAACUUAUACAAAUGAAGAAAUCGGAGAACAAUAGAACAUAAAAUAAUAUUUAAAAAAAAAAAUUGUUUGGUACCUACCCAUAUUGCCAUUCCGGAUAUGAAAUUAAAUUUUAAACAACGUCGUUUGUGUAUAAAUAACUCGAAUUUUCAACGAGUUCAAUGUAUAACCUACUUCUCCUAAUUUUUCGUAGAAAGGUUGUAAAAAAAAAAAAAAUAAUAAUAAAUAAUCACGCCUUCAUGUGAAGAUAUCACAUGUACCUUAUAUUAGUUUAUUGGUGUAAUUACUUGGUAGUGGUAUUACUUCGUAAUCAAUUUCUGACGUAACUAUAUAAAACAAUAUAAUAUUGUUUUAUAUAGUUACGUAUGAUAUUACAUUGUUUUAUAACAUUACUGUUAUUUAGCCAAAAUCAUUUUGAAAUAUUGAAAAUAUUGUACUUGAAAAAAUACAACACUAUUUUGAGCUAUUUUUCAACUUAUUAUUAUUAUUGUUAUUAUAAUUAUAUUUUUUUUGGUAGUUGAAUAUUUGAAAAAAUCACUUCUCCUAACUAAGUAGUUAGGUAGAUUGGUAGGUACAUUAGGUAUCUAUUUCUCUGGUGCGUAGAUAUGAUCCCUCACCUAUUUGUAUACCUAACAUUUACAAUUAAAUUCGUGAAGAUGAAAAUCACGGAACACAUUAUUUUAGAUAAACGAGCCGAGAAUUAUCAACGGUAAUGUGCUAUAAAUUAAUAAUUACUUAUUACUUGUUAAAGUGCUUAUUAUAGCUAAUGGUUUAAUAUCUAGGUACUGUAAAUAAGUUAUUACUUAUAUAGCAAUUAUUAUGUAGACAUUUUACCUAAUGAUUAGGUAUUUAUUAUGUUUUAAAUAAUAUAUUUAUAUAAUAUAAUGUUUAAUGCUUAUAAAGCUUAAUCGGUGAUUAUAUAUUAUAACAUUGCAACUGCAUUCAACUCGUCUAUAUUAUUAUGAUUUUCGAAUCUAAUCUAUACGACCGAGUCUAGGUAUAUGAUUCAUAUUAUAUAAAUUUGCAUAUUAGAUAAAGUUUUAUAAUAUAAUAUACCUAAACUUAAAGGAUUAAGAAUUUUUGUUUUCUUUUAAUACUGACAUCGUUAAAAAAUAGAACAGAAUAAUAUCCAAAAAAUACAAUUUUAACGUAAUUUUGGUUUGUAUGGGUAUUUACUGUUCGCCGACGUUUUCGGUAAUUAGAAUCAAUAAUGCGGUUAGUAAUAUAAAUUUAUUCUUUUCCAAGUUAAGUUUUUUAUUGUCUUGUUUGUUUUUUAGAAUUUAAAAAAAAUCUAAAAAGUCAAAAAAGUUUUAUGCAAAACUGACGUAAUAUAAUAACCAUCGUACUUCUGUAAAGUAGGGUAAACCUGAAUACUCGCUUUCUAAAUCGUUUAAAAAAAUCGAAAAUUGUCUUUGGUUCAAACCACGAGAUGUUAUAAAAUUGACCAUUUGUUUUUCAGGUAUUAUUACAUGUGCUAUAUUAAUAACUUUUAAACAUAACAACUCUUGAUGUAUAAUACAAUGUGUCUUAUAAAAUGUAUGUUCAACAUUUUCAUUCGCCUCUUUUUGAAAACUUUCAAUGAAACCUUUAUUUUUCCCCGUCAUAGAAGGAGCUCCAUUUGUAGCCACAAACGAUAACUUUGCCAAAGGUAAAUUAUAUUUUUUCCAGAGUUUAAAAACAAACAAAUCAACCUCUCAUGUAGUAGUAUCAUAAAUAGGUAUAAUUUCCAAUAAUUUUUCAAAAAUAUUAAAUUCCAUAUCGGCAAGCACGAAAAAACACAGCUAACUGAGCUGUGCUACCAAUAUCCGUACUUUAAUCAUAAGCGAUUAAAAAAUACUCGAAACUAGGUAUUUUUAAUUUAAUCUAAUCACUCAAAUUGCAUGCUAGUCAAUUAUUCUUUCAACAACCGUAUUUCGUGUUAAUGAUAUGUUUUGAAAAGCUUUUAAAUUUCCGGGAAAAAUAAUUUCAGCACUUUCAAUUAAACACGUUUUUAUAAAAUCAUCUUCAGUGAACGGUUUCGAAUGUUUGGCAAUUAACUCUCACAAAACAUAACUAAUAUUCACUGUAGCUUCAUUUUCUUGUGGUAUUUUACUAAACAUUAGCUGUUAUUGUUUACACAACGAUUUAAGUUUGUCUUGUCUCAGUAUCCCUUCAUACUGGUCGUAUUUUGGCUUGUGUUGUUCGUAAUUAAUGAUGAAUUAAUCGAUGAAUUAAUUUAUGCAUUCUUUUACGAUUUUUAAUUACAUUUAAAAAAAAAAUAAACCACGACAACAUGUAUAAUAAUAAUAAUAUUCAAUAACAAACAAAACAAUAAAUAUAUAAUAGUAAUAGAGUUUUAUCAAAAAAAUGCCUAUAAAUCAUUGUAUAGCUCUAUUUAAUACUUUGUAGGGUAGCUUUUGGACCUUAUUAUAGCCUCCAACCUUUUAGACAUUGAAUUCUUUGGUUCCAUUUCUGUAUUCGCUGUUCUCCAAACAAAACGUCUUCCAUCAAAAGCCAAAAAUAUUAAAUUUACUUUCGUCUGUAAAUAUAACUUUGUUCCAAAAUUUAUCAGAGUGAUGUAAGUUGUCUCUUGCAAAAGCAAAUCUCUUUUGUCUAUUUUUUUUAUUUACAAAAUAUUUUUGAUGAGCCAUCACUCGUUAUAAUUGCUUUGAUUUGUUUUACUGUACUAUAGCAUAUAUAUUGUUAAAAAAAAUAAUACUAUUAAUCGAGUUCUGCUCAGAAUAACUUUUCGUUAGCAAUGAUUUGCUUACAGAUGUACAAUAAAAUUCUUCUUUAUAUGCUAUUUUCCGAACUUCUUAUCUAUAACAGUAGUCCACCCAUCGUGCGAAAUAUCCAUUUUUUUAAUCUUGUUCUUUUGUAGUAAUUCGUCUUUUAAUUUUCCUGACAAUUUUUAUAAUAAUUGAGCAAAACCGAUUUUUCCCAAUUAUCUUGAAGAAUUUUUCGAAAAUCUACUUUAUAAUAAUUAUUCCCCAAACAUUUUUUUUUUUUUUCAAAAUCGAAAAUUAAAAUUUGGAGAAAUAGUUCUGGUAUAAAAAAAAAAAUAGAAAAAAUUUAAAAUAAUGAAAUCUUUAGAUAUGCUUCUAAUUAAUUCUAACCAUUUAUUAUGAAAACCACUUGAAAAAUUAAAAAAAUGGCAUUCUUAAUAUACUAACUAGUCUCGAAAUAAAACAAAAACAGUCAUUUUUUGAAUUUACACGAUUUCUGGUAAAAAAGAUAUUUACAAAAUAAAAAUGCACACAUAGUAAAUCCAAUACUUUCCUCUAUGUGCUCAAAUAUUAAAAUAGUAAAAAAUGACGAUGUGAAUAAUAAUAUAGUAAUGGUUUUUUUUCAUAGAUAUACACAUUGAGCUAGAAGAGAAGCUUGCACAAUUCAUGGGAAUGGAAGAAGCCGUUAUAUAUUCAUACGGAUUUUCAACUGUGACUAGUGCCAUUCAAGCUUAUGUUAAGUCAAAGGAUAUAGUUUAUGCGUGCGUAGUAGUUCGAUAUAGUACUUAGGUAUCAAUUUUUAUUUUGAGUUUUAAGCAAGAUUGGAACGUAUUUUUUAGUGACGAAGAGGUAAAUUUUGCCAUACAAAAGGGUCUGCAAUCUUCUAAAGCGGAGGUGGUUUAUUUCAAACACAACUGCCCAGAUGACUUGGAGCGGUUGAUUACCCAGCAUGAUGCAGUUGUAAGUUAUCUUCCAUUGCCUUUUGUCCAUAUCAUAUCGCUGAGAAAAUCUUGAACGCCACUGUUGGUUAUAUGUGAAAGAUAGCUUAUUUUAUAUUUAUAUUCUGAGUGAUACAAUAAACUUAUUGGUUUCCCGACAUUUGUCUUUAGUAUUUCGAAUUUUUAGUAAUAAAAUAAAUGCUGCUGAAGCUCUCUGUAAUAAUAUCUUUAUUCUAUAUAGAUCCCAAUGGAUUUUAUUUAGUUGGGAUAUCUAUUUACUAUUUAGGUGCUUAUAGUAUUUCAUGCAAAUAGCUUUUAUAAACUGAUAAAAUAAUUAUUAUUUAAAAAUAAGAAGGAAUGUAAUAGAUGAAUGCAUAUUCCUUAUUUGUGACCCCCCCUUCUCUAAUGGAAUGAGUGCUAUGAUUUAUAAAUACUUUCACCAUUGUAGUUUAUAGCUGCAAUCUGGAUUCAAGUUACAGAUUGAAAUCCUAAUUAUUUUAUUGUACCACAAUAUAAAUAACUACAUUUUCAUAUUUAUAAUUUUGUUUUAUGAUUUUACUCUAGUUAAGUUUUGGUUUUCAAUACACAAUGUAUACCUAACUGAUCUGAUUUAUAGAAAAAAAGAAUGAAGCGAAAAUCAUUUCUCAUAGUUGAAGGAAUUUAUAUGAAGACUGGAAAUAUAUGCAAACUGCGAGAAUUAAUAGACAUUCGCAUAAAACAUAAAAUUCGAAUAUUCAUUGAUGAAUCCAUUUCAUUUGGUGUUCUUGGGAAGAAUGGUCGUGGUGUUACAGAAUACUUUAAUAUACCAGUAAGGAAUAAGUAAUAGGUAUAGGCAAUUACAAUUUAUUUUGCUCAUCUAAAAAAAUAAUUUUUCAAUACAUCAAUAAAUUAUUAUUAAUUUUUUUUUAAAUUUACUCAUACAUAGUUAAGUUACUUAUAAAAAUAAUCUUCAGAAUCUGUGAAAAUAAUUUUUCAAUAAGUAAAAUGUAUCUAGGUAGGUACCUAAAUCUAAUGUCUGUCUAGUACUGUCUAGUCUAGUAAUAAUUAAGGAAGGUACUAUGAGCCUCAAUAAAUAAUACUAAUAAGUAGGUACUAAUGUAUUAUUUUAGUAAUAUAACUUAUAUAGAAAUUAAUUAAUAUUUAUUUUUUGUUUUUAGAAAGAUGAGGUUGAUUUGAUAAUUGGAAGUUUAGAGACAUCCUUAUCAUCUGUUGGUGGUUUUUCAGUAGGCUCAACAUUUGUGGUUGAACAUCAAAGGUUGUCUGGUCUUGGUAAUAGAAAAUUCAAAUUUUUUAUUUAGAUUUAAGAAACAAUUUAAUAGGUAUAUAAAUAAAAUAAAAAUUGUAUGUUUUUUUUUUUAAAUUUAAAAAUCUAAGAUAUCCAAAAUAAUUAUUAUGUGUAAUCAAUAGAUAAUAUUUAAAAAAGUUAAGAUAAUGGGGAAAGGUGUAGCCACUGGUGUAGGUGGAAAGUUGGAAAGGUAGGAUACAGACGGGAAUUUAAUGUAUAUUUGUAAGCAAUGAUAAACCAUUGUUAAUGAAAAAACGAUUCUGAGCGCAAUUCAGUUGAUCGUGAUACGUCAACAAUAUAUAUAUAUAUAUGUUAUACUAUGGUAAAAUAAUUUAAUAGGAGUUAAAUAUUUUCUUUAAUAAUAUUUGUUUAAUAUUGAAUCGUUUUGCCUGCGUUUUUCCCGGUUUUCCCAGGUUUUUUGGGAGAAAUUCUGGGAAAAUCGGAAAGUAUAGUAUCUACAAUCCACUGACUCCAGUGUUGUAUUUUGAAGAUAAUUUUUUAAUCUUCUUUAUGUUGAAAAACUUCUCUCAGCAAUGGCUUUUGAAACUAUAAUUAUUGAUAGUAAGAAGCUCAUACAUUUGUAGGUACAUUAGUAAUUAACAUUACUGUUGUACUUAGAUAGACGUGUUAUAGCCGAGAUUUAGAUUCAACUAAGUUCCAUUUUGACUGUCAUAAUUGAUAAUCCGCUUUUAUAAUUAUUUACUGCAGCCCCCUCAAACCUCCUGGAUGGGCAACUGGUUGUAAAGUUUAUAUGGUUGAAUUUUCAAUUAAUUUCGAUGAUAACCGUGAGCAAAAUAACAGAAAUACGUGUAUGAAAAAAUUUUUAAGGUUAUAAAUAGUAACACCACCCUAUCUCAUUCGAUAAAUAAGACAAUAACAUAAGACAUAAGACUUCAGUAGAUCUUACUUGCCAACAUUAAUCUAUAAUAUUUUUUUUAUUUUGGACAUUUUUGAGCUAAUUGUAGGCAUUUUACAUUUUCGAGUUUUUUUUUUUUUAGAUGUAGCAAAUGAUUUAUUGGUUUUACUGUGAUGUGUAUUUUUUUUUUUCUGUAGGGAACUUUUCAAACAGAAAAUGUACUCUGAUGUAUCAAUUUACGAUGUGCAGCACAUUUUUUGAAAGGAAUUUUUAUUUAGUUGAUGCUGUAUUAGGGAGGUAAUUUUUUGAUUUUCUGAGGAGUUUUCAUAAUAAUCUGGAAAAAGACGAAAAAUAAAAAAAAUGUAUGACUCACCAUUUUAUUCAAAAAUAUUUCUUUAAUCAAAAACCGAUAAUACUUUUUUCUUGUAUUUCUAAUCUAGUUGGUGAGUAAUGAAGUUGCUUUUUGAUUUAUGGUAGUUUUAAUUAUUUAUUAUUGAUAAAUCAGUUUUACUGUAGAAAAAAAGUUGUUGGCAUUAUUUGUCAGAAGAAUCUUGUUAAAAUAUUAUUAUGUUUGCCACAGUGUAUGAAAUCAGAGCUCUAACCUAUGACUCAAAAUUGCAUAUGUCUUAGUGUUAUCAUUUUAUGAAUUCGUUUGUCAUUUUUGUCGUGUAUGUGAUGUGUCUUUAUAUUUUUAAAUCAUGUGCUGUAAAAAGCCUGUGAUUUUAGUUUUAUUAUUUUGAAAACUUAUUGUUAGGUUUUCAGUUAUGUUAUUUUAAAUAAUAUAAUAUACACUCAAUUAUUACUAAGUUUAUUACUAUUUUUGGUGUAAAAUUGUUUUUUUUUUUUAAAUAUUUUUUUAAGCAUAAUAUAAUUCAUAUAAUUGUAUAUUUAGCCAUUUUUCAUAUGUAUAUUUGCAUCAUACUUGACAAUUUUUAAAUGCAUAUAAUUCUUGGCUCUAAUACAUACAAAAGUUGUCUGUACAGAGGCUUAUAAUUAUUCUUAAAGUUCAGUAAUAUAAAGUUAUUGUAUAGUAAUGCAGAAAAUAAAAGACUUAUUUAUUUUUCAGGUUACUGUUUUUCUGCUUCACUACCACCUUUACAUUCAGUGGCUGCUAUCAAGGCAUUGGAACAAAUUGAUAAACAUCCAGAACUGUUAGUAAAAUUGCAAGAAAGAAGCAUAAACCUACAUCAAAGCAUCUCCCAAAGUCAAUUAAUCGAACACUUUUAUCUUGGUUCAGACCAGAUCAGCCCAUUGAAACAUUUGUAUUUAAGGGAUAACUUUCCAUCAUAUCUUGAAGAACAAAACUUAUUGAAAAAUAUUGUUGACUAUGUGAGUAAUUAUCUUAGGAUUUAUAUUUAAGAAAAAAUACCCAUACAUAAGUCCCAUGAUAAUCUGACUCUUGAGAUAGCUUUUGUUCUAUUCAAUAUCUUUUUUAAAAAAAUAAGUAUACUUUUGCACUACAGUUAAUAUAUUUAAAAACAAUUUUUUAGUUGAGGAAACUUAAUAUAAGUUCUGAAUUUUAUUUAAAUUUAAAAAAAGAAAAAUAAAUCAAAAAAGGUAUUUUGGAAAAUAGAUAUUUAGACAAUUUUUAGGAAAGAUAAUUGUAUAGUUUUUUCAAAAGUAUUAAAUAGUCCUAUUAUCAGUUAGUUUAAUUCAUCUUUUAUAUCUUCUGUGUUACUUCCAGUAUUAUUUAACUGUAAAUUCUCUAUUUAUGAUACAAAAUUUCUCCAUUUAAUUAAUAUAAAUAAAAUAUUUAUUUGUUUUUAUAUAUUAAAUAUAUUAAAUAUAUUAUGUAUUUAAUUUAAUAAUGUAUUUAAAUACAUACAUACAUGUAUAUUAUAUAGUAUAUAAGUGGGUAUUUAUAAAAAAAAUCAUGUAAAUCAUUUACAUUUUAUCUCAACCUUAUAAAGGUAUAAACUUAUUUUUAUAUUGUGCAUUGAUUUUAAACACAAAAAUGGAGAAAUUUUAAAUAUGUAUAUAAUUCACACUUGAGACUCUUAAAAUGAUCAGUAAUCAUUUAAUUUCAUAUUGUCUCAGUUACAAAUUUAAAAUUGCGUAAUAUUCAAUGAAGACUACGAAGGAAUUUUCAAUAUUAAAUUAAAAAUUGCAAAUUAAAUUUUUUCAUGUGAAACCUUGUUUAAAAAAAAAAAAAAACAAUUAAUUGAUUUGAUUUCAAGCACAAAAAACAAUGAGUUAAAAUUUAAUAACAUUAAUAUUUAAUUUUCUUUUUAAAUAUUUCAUUAUCUAUUUUCAAUUAUUUCACUUGAAAUAAAUUUUGUUGUAGCUAGAUAUUUUUUUAAAUAAUUAGUACGCCUUUGUGCUACAGUUAAUAUAUUAAAUUUUUUUUUAUAGGUGAGCAUACUUAAAAUCAAUAGUUUUAUUAUAAUUGUUCAAAAAAAAUUCAAAAUAGCCAUUUUGUAAAUUAGAUUUUUAGACAAUUUUUAGUGUUUGAACUUUUUGUUUAGGUAUGGUCAUUUAUUUUCUACAAUUUUUUGAAGUUUAUGCAAAUACAAAUAUUAUUGUGGAUUAUAAUUUAUUAUAAUAUUAAAUAUUCUAGUACAAUUUAUACUAUUUGGACAUAAUAAGUAAAUAGGAUACAAGUUUUUUUAAUUACAUAAAAGUUAUUAAAAAUACAUUGCUACCCCAAAUAAUAUUUAUAUAAUACAUGACUUUUUAAGGAAAUUAGCCAUCCAUUAGUAACACUUUCAUAAUUAAAUUAACCUGUCAAACAAAUACCUAUGUUUUUUUUCAAAUAUUUAUGUAUUAUUAAUAUUAUUAAUUGACACUUAAUAAUUUAAUCAGUAAUCAUUGUAAUCAAAUAAAACGUGGUAUAAUUUAUUUGGUAACCACAAAAAUACAAAUAUUUUAUGAAAACUCCACUUCUUCUUUUACACACCAUUAAAGUACUCGUAUAUAACAGUUGGCAUCUUAGAGAGUUUAAAUCAGUGUACCGAAAAACAAAUCCAUUUAGAGUGUACAUAGAGAUCCAAGUUUUAAUUGAAAAAUACCUCUCGAUUUUUUGUGCAAACUAUCAGAAAUCUUGUUCUGAUAUAAUAAGUAUAGCACCUUUUCUGAAAGGAAAUUUUAUGUACAUAGUACAUAGUUAGGGAGGUCAUUUAUUGAUUUUCUUCUCUAAUUUUUCCAGCUGUAUAAUUUACUUGUUUUCAAUCCUACAGCAUGUAAGCAAAGCGUAUAUUGUUAGAGAACCUUAUGGAAAUCCUGAUCCCCAAUCGGCUCUAAUCCCAACGAGAUAACAAUUUCAUUAUCAGUUAUCAGUUAUGAUUUUUAAAGGUUUCAGUUUGUAAAAAAUAAAAAGUACUUUGUUUUAUUAAAAUUUAAAAUACCAUUCAAACUAGAAAAAUUAUAACAUGUAUGGAAGAAAUAAUUUUUUUAGUUAGGUAAGUUAGAUACAUAUUAAAUUAUUAUUUUUAUUACAAGAUAAAAUACUGAUUCAUAAUUAAAUACAUUGUUCUAUAUGGAACAUACAAAAUUUAAAACAUGAAGAAUACUCAUUAAAUUAAAAAUAUAAAUUACAAAAUUUAAGAUACACAUAAAAUUCGUACAUAAUCAUUUUUGCCCUCACAAUUUGUAUCGUAUGUAUAAAUCACAAUAUUUAGUUUUCAUAUUUUGCUAAAACUUAAAAAAACAAAAACAAAUUUGAAUAGAAUUAAUUGUUAUUCAAAUUAACAAAUAAUACCUAUAAUUUAGUGUUACUGAUCAGUUUUUAACAGUUAAAGUAGUUAUCAUUUAGGUACCUAAAUAAAAAAAAAUAUAAAAAUAUGAAUUUUAAAUUCAAGUCUUAGUAUUCAAGAAAAUAAAUAAAUCAAAAUUGGUAAAUGUAAUAAAAUAAUAUUAAUAAAGCACAAAAUACUUUUUACAAAUUGAUAAUUAAAUCUUUAUCUUUUUGGGAUAAGAGCCCAUUGGAGUAUAGGAUUUCCAUAGGGUUCUCUAACAAUGUAGGCUUUGCUCAAAUGCAUCCCUACACUUUUUAAUUUUUUGUACCCUCUACAUAAGUGUUUCUUAAGCAAUCCCUUUGGGAGUUACCACCUAGUUAUUUAGGGUCGCUAAAAAUAUAAAAAAAGUGGCUCGCCGUGUAUAAAACAUACAGGCUGUCAUAUUAAGAUAAACCCCUUGAACAUCUCCGAAGAUAAUAAAAAUAAUCAAAUUUUGUUGUUUUUUUUUUUAUACACUACUCACAAUGACGAGGACUACAAAUAUUUAUACUUGAAUUAUAUAUUUUUUUUAUUAAAAUAAUUAAACAAUUAAUUUUUAUUUUAUUGUUUUCAGAAAAUUUUAAUUCAGCCAUUCUGUAGAAUUUAAUAAUAAAAAAAAAAAAUGUAAUUUCAAGUAUAAAUAUUUGUUAGUAUAUCUUCGUGAGACAACCUGUAUAUUUAGGGGUAUCAAAAAAAUUUAAUAUUCAUAUAGGAGGUCUUAACAGUAAAAAAUUUGAAAAACAUUGCUCUACAUAACAUUUGCUCGUAUUAAAAUUAUAAUUAUAUUGUUAUAAUACACAGUUUGUUAUGAUUAUACGAGAUGUGUUCAAUAAAUACCCAAAUUAAAAUUAUUACAGAAAAACAUUUUAUAUUAUUGACAAUAUAGUUAUACCAAAAUAAACUAGAGAUAAUGACCAUUAUUUCAGUAUAUAAUUAUAAUCAUUAUCUCAAAUCAGUCAACAUCAAUACGUGUUUAAAUUUGGUCGUUUUGUAUUAAAUCACGAUUUCACGAUAAUAUUACGAAGCAACACACGUGUAUUAAAUUUUGUUUCAAAAUUGAUAAAAAUACUACGAAAACUUUUAAAUUUAUUAAAUUGGCUUUUGGAGAUGUUUCAAUAAGCCAUUUUGUAACUUUUGACUGGUUCAAACGUUUUAAAGAAGGCCGGAUAUCUAUUAAAGAUGACCAUCGUCCUGGGCAUCUAUUAACAUCAAAAACGAAUGAUACCAUUGCUCUUGUUCGAAAUAAAAUUAGAUACGAUCGAAGAUUAUCUGUUAGAGAAGUAGUCAAUGAAGUUGGCAUAUCAAUUAGUACUUCUCAUUAAAUUUUAUCAGAUGAAUUGAGUAUGAAAUGAGUGUCCGCAAAAUGAAUGCCAAAAUUGUUAACCGAGGAGCAAAUAGAACAUCGCAUUGAAGUGUGUUUGGAACUAAAAUAUCGGGUUUCUAAUGACCCAAAUUGUAUAAAAUCAAUUAUUACGGGUGUUGAAACAUGGAUACAUCGAAAAGAUUCCGAAUCCAAAGUUCAGUCACUGCAAUGAAAGACCACAAAUUCACAUUGUCCAAAAAAAUGUCAUCAGGCCCAGUCAAACAGCAAAGCAAUGCUCAUUGUUUUUUCAAUUUUUUUGGUUUAGUCUAUAAUGAGUUUGUACCUACGGGCCAGAUAGUAAAUCAAGUGUUCUAUAAACAAGUAUUAGAAAGAUUAAGAGAGAAAAUAUGCCGUAAAAGGCCAGGAGUGUGGAAAUCAAAGUCGUAGUUUUUGUAAGCUGACAAUGCACCAGCGCAUUCAGCACUUUCGUUUCGUGAAUUUGUAGCAUCUAAACAUGUACCAGUGGUACCUUAUCCACUUCAUUCACCUGACUUAGCUCCCUUUUAUUUUUAUUUUUUUGUUUUUGAGACUAAAAAGUACCCUCAAAGGCCACAGAUUCCAAGACGAUAACGAAACUAUCCAUAACGCGACACAAGAGCUAAAGGUUAUAACUAUGGGUGAAAUUCAAAGUUGUUUCAAAAAGUAGCAAAACCGUGGGGAACAUUGUAUUGAAGCUAAAGAACAAUAUUUUGAAGAUGAUCCAUUUAAAUAGUUUGUAAGUUUUAAAUAUAAUUUUUAAUACAUUUUGUCUGGGUAUUUAUUGAACACGCCUCGUAUGUUAAAAGAUUUAGAUUCAAACAUAUUUUAGAUUGUCACAAUUUAGUUUUGGAUUUUAAAUCCUGAGUGAGGUGAAGAAGUUUAUGGUUUUACAAAGAUGUUACUACCUAUUUGUAAAUAAAGUGAUCUUAACUAGGUACCAGUGUCAUAUUAUUUUUAAAACAUAAAAUAGGGAUUCACUUCAUCUCUUCAACUAUAUUAAAUGGAUUUUAAUAGGCAUAAGAUAAAACUGUCCACAUUACCCCACACAUGUAGGUUAAGCGGAUCACUUUUUAGAACCAAAAAAAAAAAAAUCCUGAGUAGUUAUAUUCAAUCAUUUUGAUCAAACCUAUUAUUUUAGAUUCAGAAUGGACCGAAAAAGCUUAUAGUUUUACAAAGAUGUUUAUUAUUAUUUUUUUUUAACUGUGCAACUUUUCUACCAGAAGACUUGCUUGGAUAUACUACGUAUAGCACCUUUUCUGUAAGGAAAUCGGCGUGGGGAGGUACUUUAUGAAGGUUAAUUUUUCAUUUUACUCAAGAAUUUUCUCAUCAAAUGUGAAAAACCGAAAAAGACGGGAAAAUAUAAGAAAUGAAGGUAUUAGUUAAAGUAUAUUACGGCCUUUUUUUUUUUUGUGCACAACUUUUCUACCAACAAGUUUGCUUCAACUUUUAAUGGUAGCAAUGUUUCUAAAAGGAGAUCUCACUAGCGAGGUAAAAUAUGUUACAGCCUUCUUUUUUCUGUGCACAACUUUUCUACCAACAAGUUUGUUCCAACUUUUAUUGAUAACAAUGUUUCCAAAAGGAAAUUUCACUAGCGAGGUACUAUAGAAAGAUAAUUUUUAAUUUUUCCUAGGGUUUUCCUAGAAAAUGUAAAAUGCCGUGAUAAAAUUUUGGAAAAUAGUACAAUAUUAAACAAAUUUUAUUUAAAAAAAUAUAUAAAGCCUAUUUAAUUAUUUUUUUUUCUAUAAAAUGACAUAUAUAUCGUCGACAAAGCAUCACUAUCAACUGAACUUAGCUCAGAUUAUAUUUUUCAUAAUUAACGGUUUAUCAUUACUUACAGACAUACAUUCAAUUCCCGUCUAUAUCCUACCUUCCCAACUUCCAACCUACAUUAGUUGCUGGCUACACUCAUCCCCAUUAUCUUAGCUUUCUUUUUAGAUUUAAAAUCAUUCAUUUUUAUUUAAAACAGAGGGUUUAAUUUUUUAAUUAAUUCUUUUAGACAAAUUAGGUAUCCAAUUAAUAAAAUUAUAUUUUGUUUAGUGUAUUUCUAAUGGAGUAGCGCUUACAGUGGCUGCUUAUUUAAACAAGCAUGAGUACAAACAGCCAAAGCCCAGCAUCAGACUACUUGUUAGCAUAAACAUAAACGACGAGAACAUUGAAUCUCUGAUAAAUGUACUAUCGCAAGCAGUCAUUUUGGUGAUGAAGAAAACCACAAUUCAAUAAAUUAGUUUGUUUCUUUGGGAUUAACAAAAUUAUUUGUGUAUUGUGAAAUGGUUCCCAUAUCACAAUUUGUACAUUUAUCUAUUUGCUCAUAUGUAAAUAUCAUACUUAAAACAUAUUGUAUGCAAAUGUCAUUUAUAUACAAUAUUUUUAUUUAUAUGUAUACACAUUAUAUCUUAUUUUAACAAACCUAAUACAAAAUAAACUGAUUGAAAUUAAAUAAGUAGUGCAUUAUUUUUUUACUAACUAGAACAAUAAAAGAAGAUUUUUGAGAUUUUUAUAAAAUUGAAUACUUAUAUAGUAUAGUUAGGC